ACGCUUAAUAUAUUAACGGUAGGUAUUACGAGGAUUAGUUUCGGCCUAAGUAAGGAAAUCGUCGCCCUAAGUAUAAUAAAAAUAGAGAUAUACUUUAGAACAAUAACUUUCUAUAUUUUACCUAUUAAUACCCCAUUUCUCUUAUAUUUAAAAGAUAUAGAUUAA